UUGAGACCCAAGGUAAUUACCCCUACAAUUUCAGAUGUUAGAAGCUUCAGCCCAGGAAAUAACCCCGGUUAUAAAAUUGAUAACUGGCAUGCACGUGACAGGGACAUGGGUUCGUUGCGUCUGCACAGCAGAAUCGAGGGCUACCAUGAAUAGCACAACAAAUACCAGCUGAUAAAUAACAAUCUUAGAAUCACCAUUCACACCUCCCGAUGAGAGUUUCUAAAACCCAUUGGUGCUACUUUUUCCACACCAGUAAUUCCCACUAGCACCACUAGCUUUCCCUAGCCUUCACACGAGAAAAAAACCGCUCCUCGCUAGCUUCCUGCGGUAGCCCCCCCGCGUCGCUACCGCCCGUACCAAUCCAACUAUAAUCUGGCCGUUAUCGGACUGAAAAUUCUCGCCACCACCAUGUCCAUCCACGACGUCCCCACCCUAAUUAACCAGUUCAUCGCUUCGGUUGGCACGGCGGACCUGGAAACCUCGCAGGCCCAUGCCCUCCAGCUAUCGCUUUUGCUUGCCUCUGGCGAGCUCUCCCUUCUCCAAUUCAUCCAAAACUUGGGCCCAUCGUUGACCUCCGAUAACGACAUCAUCCGCUCCAAAUCGUUGAACUGCUUAUCUGCCACUUUGGAACAGCUCCAGAAAUCCAAGUUGUCCAAGCAGGACAUCAACGUGUUGGUGGACUUCCUCCUCAACAAGUUUGACGACAAGAUCUGCCUCCAGUACGUGUUGAUCACCAUCUCCCUUCUCGUGCAAUUCUCCAACUUUCUCCACGAAAACAUAGACAAGGUGUUGUUGAAGGUGCUCCAGGAGUACGACCCCAAGAAGAACUUGGCCAAGGUCAGGCACGAGGCGUUCCAAAUCCUCCAGCAAAUUUACGACCAUCACAACGAAUACUUGGUCAAGUCUCACAACUCAAGCGAUCUCUUCGUCAAGACGUUCAUCCACUUAGCUACUGGCGAGAAGGACCCCAGGAAUCUCCUCACAUCCUUCGGACUCAACAUCACCAUAAAUAGCACCUUCACGUUUGAUCCUGAGGGCAACGACUUGCACAACAGCUUCAUGAACGACUUAUUUGACGUGUGCUUCUGCUACUUCCCCAUCUCGUUCACUCCGCCAGCAAAUGAUCCCUACAAGAUCACUGCUGACGACUUGAAGUUGAAGCUUCGCGCCUGUAUCGCAUCCCAGACGUUGUUUGCUAAAGACUCCUUCUCUAGUUUGAUCGAGAAGUUGACCUCCACCAACCCCACCAUCCGAAAUGAUGUGCUCAAGACCUUGUUGCAGUGUGUGGAAAACUACUCCACGGAAACCCUUGAGGAAUACUGGCUCACAAUCUGGAACGCACUCAAAUUCGAGAUCCUCCACAACGAUGUCUCCAUGUUCAAAAGCGACUCCGACCUGCUUUAUCCCGCCUACGACUCCAUCGACGACACUGACGAUACCAAGUGCUUGAUUUUGACAUUGGUGAUCGUCCAGAAAUUGGCCCAACGCUUGGGUGAUGUCCAGAUGGACAACUUCUUGCAGACCAUCAAGGGCGAGUUGAAAGAGAACUUGGUCAAGGCCAAGGAUAAGUCAAAGCAGUCAGUGCUCUUGUUGUCGAGUGUGGCCUCGUUAUCCAUCCAUUCCUUCAAUCUGAUUGUGAGCUUUUUGUUUUCGAUCGAAAUCUGGGGUAAGUACAUCUCCAACGAGUAUCGUGCACCAAACCCAGCCACAGAGUUGGACGUAAGUGAUGAGACCCUCAAUGUAUCCAUGCAACGUGACUUGGUGGAUAACUUUGGUUUUGUCUUCACGGCGUAUCUGGAACUCAUCGCCAGAAUUUCCACCAGCUCAAAUACUCAAUAUUUGGAACAUUUCACCAUGGGUAACGAGUUGAGCCAUUGCAAGGAUCACUUGCUAAUUUUUUUGGGACAGUUAUUGAUGACCUCCUCCAACUUAGAGAAGACUUUGAAGAGCAAAACCAUCCAGCAAUUGGUGAAAUUGAUCAAGAUACACCAGUUUUUGAACGAUAAUGAAGUGAACCUUAUUUUUGGCUAUUUCGGUGAUAUAAUUGAUUCUAUUAUCAAGACUCCUUUCUGGGAAAAAGACUUGGUUUUGGGCGAGAUUGUCACAGGAUUAACUCAAGUCAUGGACACCCACGAGCAAUUGGUAAUUGAUAAUAUCUUGGCCAACUUAUUAAUCCAUCUUGAAUCAGCUCAGGGAGACUUCGACCAGUUCGAACGUUUAUUAAACUUGAUUGGUAAGAUCUGCGUCAAUCACCAGUUUUUGGAGAUCUUGUCGAUCAGAUUGUCCAACAAGUUGAAUCCUGGAAUCGAAACAAAAUUGUUUCAAUCUAUUGUGGAGCUUUUCAUCGAUUUGAUCGUUAAAAUCCAGGCCACCAACCAGUUUUUGAUGAAUUCAUGGUACAAGUCAUUCGUACCAAGGAUCUUGACCACUUUAACAAAGCUCGAGGUUAAUCCAGAUGAGUACUUGAUCGAUAGAUGUGGUGAUUUGGUGGGUUUAAUUAUCCGAUUCAUUGAGAAGUCCAAGCACCAAGCCAUUUUGGAUGACUUUUUGCAAUGCAAAAUUGGCGGGUUGCCAAACGUAUUUGAACAGCCUCAUCAAUUGGUAAGUCUUAUCAAUAAGAUUUUAGCUAACGUGGACAAAUCAGUGAAAUUCGAGCAGGUUGAGCAGGCAGAAGAGAGUGUGACAAAGUUGAUUUAUUCCCUCCAAUCUGAUGAAUUUUUGAGAAUUCAGUACUUGCAAACUUUAUCCAUUCUCGUCAACAAAUUUGACACCAGUGACCAAUCAUCUAAACUCGAGAAGUAUUAUGGUAAGAAGGAUUUUGUAUCUUUCGAGAUUUUAAUUUGGUUGAUAAAGGCUUUAAUCUUGAGAACUGAUCGCGUGGGUAUCGAGUACUUGGGUAAGCUUAUCGAUGACUUGACCACAAGUCAAGAUAUUGAGGUCAAGCAUGUCAUUUCAAAAUCCUUGACUAUCUUAUUCAUCGAUCUUAAAAUCUUCGAUAAUACCAAGACCACCUCUAGUAUCAAUGCCAAGAAGUUGAUUUCCAAAGUGACAAAUUUGAACGUCAAGCUUCUCUACAAGCAACAAGUGUUCGAGCUUAUUCUUCCAAGAUUGAUAGAAAACUGCGAGAGUUCAGAAAACCAUCCAGAAAUAUCAUUGAAUGCCUUGUCGUUGAUUAUUGAGAAUAUCUCGACAAAGAUUUUGAGCAGCCACUUAAAAGAGAUUUUGCCAUUGGUUUUGAGAGGUCUUGCUGUUAAGGAUUCCACAACUAUCAUCAAGUCAUCAUUAUCCACCUUGAAAAUCACGAUUGAGGAAAGUCAAUCGAUUAUUCAGCCUCAUUUAUCGACAUUGAUCCCAAGCUUGUUGAAUUGGGCUACCAAGGUGAUCAGAACUGGUAACGUCAGAAUUAACUCCGAGGAGAUCAGAAUUUUGAGUUUGAGAUGCUUGAUUCUUAUUUUUACUAAGUUUAAUGGUUUAGAAAGAUACAAGGCAAGUGCAUUAAACGAGUUGAAAGGAGGUUUGGAUGACAAAAAGAGAGCAGUGCGGAAGCUUUGCUGUGACUUGAGACAAGUGUUGUAUGAACUUUAGAUACCGUACAUUAUAGAUAUAUAGACCUCGGGCAACGGCCCUAAUAUAGAAUGUUCUAUUACAAGUGGGAUGCAAAAGGGGUAUCAAUAGGAUACCCAACCAAUAUUAAAGAUAUGCAUAUAUUCUCAAGAAUAAUUACUAAAUAUUUUGGCGUAAUAAGAAUAUACGUAUUCUC